GUGGCGGGAGCCAGGGGCCGGUGAGGCCAGGUCUCCGGGGCGCCCGGAGCGGCCUCGGCUGCCUGCUCUCCUCGCUGGAAGGAGACACUGCGGGGAGCAGGCAGCGCUUUUCCUGCAGCUGGCGGGGACCUGCCCGGGCCUGAGCUCUCCCGCCAGCCUGCCCUGGAGGAGCAGCAUCGCCGCAGGCUCUCCCCCUUCCAGGUGGCGCCCAAGAAGGCAGAGGGGGCCGCGUCCCUGUCAUCCCUCCCAGACGAGAGGAAAGGACUCCUGGCGGGCAAAACUUCGGUUUCCCUGUGCGUCUAACUCUGGGGUGUGCAAGAUCUGCCAGACCAUAGAGGGUUUCAUUUUUCACUUGCUGGGUGCUUGAGAAAAGCUGCAAGGAGUGAGUGGUAAGAGGAAGAAGCAUUAUAAACUUUGGGAGUGGGGGACAUCUUCUUGGAAGGUGACAAGUAGCCUCAGAUCUGCGGUUCCAGGGCCAGUGACGACGUCCUUGGCUCAGACACUCUGAAGGGUCUGGACGCUGCCACAUGACCCACACCAAAGACCCCAGGAGAGCCAUGGAACCCACGCUGGCGCCAUCCAGUUCUGCCACGGGCCCGGUCACCUUCUCCCACGUCUUUGGUCAGCAGUGCCAGCUCAUGGAAGCAGCUGUGCAGUCCCUGCACACCCUAAAUGACCAGAUAUCUCAUUUUAUCGUCACCAAGUCAAAGGCCCUGGAAGAAGACAAGGACCCCUUCCUACCCGCUGAGAAGGAGACUCUGAAGAGUUCCAUGAUACUGAUGAGGCAUCUCCUAAUGGACGCUCAGGCCAAAAUCCUGAGCAUGAUGGAAGACAAUAAGCAGCUCGCGCUCCGCAUCGAUGGGGCGGUCCAGUCGGCCAGCCAGGAGGUGACCAACCUGCGAGCCGAACUCACGGCCACCAACCGGAGACUGGCGGAACUGAGCGGCGGCGGCCCCGGCCCGGGCCCCGGAGCGGCGGCCAGCGCCUCGGCGGCGGCGGCGGACUCGGCGGCGGCGAACAUGGAGAACCACCAGCUCGGCGCGCAAGUGCUCCUGCGGGAAGAAGUGGCUCGACUCCAGGAGGAGGUCCACCUUCUCCGCCAGAUGAAGGAGAUGUUGACGAAGGACCUGGAGGAGUCCCAGGGCGGCAAGUCCUCUGAGGUCCUCUCGGCCACCGAGCUCCGGGUCCAGCUGGCCCAGAAGGAGCAGGAACUAGCCAGAGCCAAAGAAGCCUUGCAGGCCAUGAAAGCGGACCGGAAGCGCCUAAAGGGCGAGAAGACGGACCUGGCGAGCCAGAUGCAGCAGCUGUACGCCACGCUGGAGAGCCGCGAGGAGCAGCUGCGCGACUUCAUCCGCAACUACGAGCAGCACCGCAAGGAGAGCGAAGACGCCGUCAAAGCCCUGGCAAAGGAGAAGGACCUGCUGGAGCGUGAGAAGUGGGAGCUGCGGCGCCAAGCCAAGGAGGCCACGGACCAUGCCACGGCGCUGCGCUCCCAGCUGGACCUCAAGGACAACCGGAUGAAGGAGCUGGAGGCUGAGCUGGCCAUGGCCAAGCAGUCCUUAGCUACACUGACCAAGGACGUCCCCAAGCGGCAUUCACUGGCCAUGCCGGGCGAGACGGUGCUCAACGGCAACCAGGAGUGGGUGGUGCAGGCGGACCUCCCGCUGACUGCGGCCAUCCGGCAGAGCCAGCAGACUCUCUACCACUCACACCCUCCCCACCCUGCCGACCGGCAAGCGGUCAGGGUGAGCCCCUGCCACUCACGGCAGCCCUCUGUCAUCUCCGACGCGUCUGCCGCCGAAGGCGACCGGUCGUCCACGCCAAGCGACAUCAACUCCCCUCGGCACCGGACACACUCCCUCUGCAACGGCGACAGUCCCGGCCCAGUACAGAAGAACCUGCACAACCCCAUUGUACAGUCACUAGAGGAUCUUGAAGACCAAAAACGGAAAAAGAAGAAAGAAAAGAUGGGAUUCGGCUCCAUCUCGCGCGUCUUCGCCAGAGGGAAGCAGCGGAAGUCCCUUGACCCCGGCCUCUUUGAUGAUUCGGACAGCCAGUGCAGCCCCACACGGCAGAGCCUCAGCCUGUCAGAGGGGGAGGAACAGAUGGACCGACUACAGCAAGUGGAGCUGGUCAGGACCACCCCCAUGGCCCACUGGAAGGCCGGCACCGUCCAGGCCUGGCUGGAGGUGGUCAUGGCCAUGCCCAUGUACGUCAAGGCCUGUGCGGAGAACGUGAAGAGCGGGAAGGUGCUGCUGAGCCUGAGUGACGAGGACCUAGAGCUGGGUCUGGGCGUGUGCAGCUCCCUGCACCGGCGGAAGCUCCGGCUGGCCAUCGAGGACUACCGAGACGCAGAGGCGGGCAGGAGCCUGUCCAAAGCCGCUGACCUGGACCAUCACUGGGUGGCCAAGGCCUGGCUGAAUGACAUCGGGCUAUCCCAGUACUCUCAGGCCUUCCAAAACCACCUGGUCGAUGGGCGAAUGCUGCACUCCCUGAUGAAGCGGGAUCUGGAGAAACACCUGAAUGUGUCCAAGAAGUUCCACCAGGUCAGCAUCCUGCUGGGGAUCGAGCUGCUGUACCAAGUGAACUUCAACAGGGAGGUCCUCCAGGAGCGCCGCGCCCGCUGCGAGACACAGAACAUAGACCCCGUGGUCUGGACCAACCAGCGGGUGCUCAAGUGGGUGCGGGACAUUGACCUGAAGGAGUAUGCGGACAACCUGACCAACAGUGGCAUCCACGGUGCUGUGUUGGUGCUGGAGCCCACAUUCAACGCCGAGGCCAUGGCUACCGCCCUGGGCAUCCCCAGUGGGAAGCACAUCCUCCGAAGGCACCUGGCAGAGGAGAUGAGCGCCGUCUUCCACCCAGCCACCUCCUCAGGCAUCCGGGAGGCUGAGCGUUUCGGGACACCCCCAGGGAGGGCCUCCAGCAUCACGCGGGCCGGGAAGGAGGAGAACAGCGGUGGCGGUAUCAAGUACAAGGCUGGCCGGCUGCCCCUGGGGAAGAUAGGAAGGGGCUUCAGCAGCAAAGACCCCGACUUUCAUGAUGACUAUGGCUCUCUUCAAAAUGAAGACUGUGGAGAUGAUGACCCCCAGGGCAGGCCAGAGCAGUGCCGUCUGGAAGGCUACAACGGCCUCGAGGUCACCAACGUGUAAGGAAUGGAUUCUCCACCAGACCCAGCACAAACACACCCAACCGAGGACGAGUAUCCAGAUGCUGUCACCACUGUACAUAGCGACCGCGGGCCAAGGAUACUCCUCUACUCCUGGGCAAAACCCCAGCAGAUGGGAGCUCCAGGGAACAAGGUGGCUCCAGUCUGCCUGUCUCGAGCAGGCUGUGGACCUUCCAGUUCGGUGGAAGGACCUGUCGACAUAGCCUCUCUGUAACCCAGGCUCCCCCUCAGAGUGAUUGUCAGCCAGUGAGCAGUCCAGGCGGUCCCUGGAGCCUUGAACAGAGCUGCCAAGAGGGAAGGAGGCCGGCGGUUCCCCAAAACACCCUUCCAGAAGGAGCAGGCGGGACUCCAAUCGGACACGCAGAGGCCAGCACCGGCAGUGCUAGGAGCCAGCAAAGCAUGAGGCUAACCAGUGGGCCCUUCUGGCCAGCCUCAGGGAGCUCUUGGCUCCAGUCCCCGUAUCCCCAAUGACUGAGAACUCCGGUUCUGACUUGGGUCACUGAAUCUCUCUUGGGAGAAUGCAAAAUGGGAUGGUCAUUCCCUUCCAUCCUAAAAGCCGUGUUUCACAUGGGGUGGACACGUAGAAUGGCUAUUUGCCUUCUCCUCCCAUGAGUGGCUGCUCUGGGCAGGUGGAGGCAGGUGGGUGAUCAGGGAGGGGUGGGGCUUAGCAGCAAAGUUUCCAGGAAAUGCAGAUUUCCUGUCACUGGGAUAAAGGAUAUCCUGAGGAUAGGAGCGGGGAUGAUGGACUUAGAUCAGUGACAACCAACUAUGACAGUGGGUUUGGGAUUGGGAGCAGGGAAAUGCUUGUCACUGUUGACCCAACAACAAUGACACUUGGUUGUGAUUUCUCAGUCACCUGAAACAGGUGUGCUUCCCAGCGCCCUCACUGAGAUGAACCUUGCAGAGCAAAGUCAUGAAGGUGGUGGAGAGAACCCCCAGCCCUUUGCCUGACUCUGCCACUGUUCUGCUGUGUGACUUCUUCCCGGUGGCCUCACCUCUCUGUGCCUCAACGUCUUCAUCUACAAUACUCCUGGCUCCCUCCCAGGGACGUCAUGAGAAUUAACACUUGCUAAUGUCUGUAACACACUUUGUAACCUCUCAGGAGACAGGUGGGAAGGUAUGGGGACAGAAGGAAUGGCCCGACAUCCCAUUCAUGACACAGAACAGACAUUGAACGGGUCCUCUGCAGCUGUGUUCUGGUUGGGGCCAUGUGCAAAAGGAGGACAAGGAAUGCCUACCGUUCAGACUCUCUAGAGCCCCCAGUAGGGCUUGACCAAAGAGAGAGGGGAAAAGCCCACGUUACACCACCCUGGAAAACCAAUCUGAUUCAAGUGUUCGGGCUUGAGCCUGUUGACCUUGGCAUUGAGUGAUGAUUUGGGAGGGCCAAGAUGCAUUGGGGUUCUACUGAUGCUUGGGUUGUCAGAAUCAUUGUUGGGAUCACAACACUG